AUGGCCGUCACCAAGGAGCAGUACCCCGAGUUCAUGAAGAUGCGCUCAAGAGCCAGAGCGAGGGCGGCAUCCCCAUCGGCCGCUAUCGUCCACCUGCCCACCGGCAAGGUUCUUGCCAAGGGCCACAACCAGCGUGUCCAGCUCAACUCCAACAUCCGCCACGGCGAGAUGGACGCCCUUGAGAACCUCGGCCGCGUCAACGAGGGUGUCUUCCGCGAGUGCGCCAUGUUCACCACCCUCAGCCCUUGCAUCAUGUUCCCUCUCGUCGUCCUUGCUGAGAACGAGAACUUUGUUGGUGGCGAGGACCUCCUCCGCUCCAAGGGCGUUGAGGUUGUCAACCUCCAGAACCCGGAGAUCACCAAGAUGAUGUCCGACUGGAUCGCUGGCCCCGUCGGUCAGAAGGUCUGGAACGAGGAUAUCGGCGAGGUCACUGCUUAA